GCUACUAUUAGGCAGCAGCUUUCCUGGUAAAGUUUUGAUGACCCACAAAUCUGAGACCUCGAGCGAGUUGACUUCACUUGUACACCAUCAAAACUUUGGGAGAAGUUACUCUGAAAAUGAUAUAGGCCUAAGUAAAAAGGAAGAGCUUCAGAGUUCUGGGAACAUGACCAGAAGUGCAGAAUUUCAAAAGUUGAAAAUAUCUAUGACAAACAGUGAGAGUAAAUUAUCAGAUGCCCUAAGAUCCGCUUCUGGAGCUAGAGCUGUAGAUUCUGCAAGAAUUACAAAGUUCACAAAAGCACUGUCUGGAUCAUCCGUCAUAUUAGAAAAACUGCGUGAAUUAGCUUGGAAUGGCGUACCACCAGAUAUGCGUCCUAGCAUAUGGAGGCUCCUAUUGGGAUAUGCAUCACCUAAUCCAGAUAGACGUGAGAGGCUUUUGACGAGAAAACGACUUGAAUAUGCCGAUUGUGUUUCACAGUAUUGUGAUAUUCCUGAAACUGAACGUUCCGAUGAUGAGAUCAAUAUGCUUCGCCAGAUUGCGGUUGAUUGCCCAAGGACUGUACCCGAUGUCACCUUUUUCCAGCAAGAGCAAGUUCAGAAAUCCUUGGAGCGCAUUCUUUAUACAUGGGCCAUUCGUCAUCCAGCAAGUGGAUAUGUUCAAGGAAUCAAUGAUCUUGUUACACCAUUUCUCAUGGUGUUCUUGUCAGAACAUCUAGAUGGUCGCAUGGGGAGUUGUUCUGUUUCAGAUCUCUCACCUCAGAAAAUCUCUAAUGUCGAAGCUGACUGCUAUUGGUGUCUCUCCCAAUUGCUUGAUGGUAUGCAAGACCAUUACACAUUUGCUCAACCAGGAAUUCAGCGUCUUAUUUUCAAACUGAAAGAGCUAGUUCACCGGAUAGAUGAACGAGUUUCAAGACACAUGGAGGAGGAAGGGCUGGAGUUUCUUCAGUUUGCUUUUCGUUGGUUUAACUGUCUCCUUGUACGUGAGAUCCCAUUUCAUCUAGUUACACGUUUGUGGGAUACUUAUCUUGCGGAAGGAGAUGCACUGCCAGAUUUUCUUGUGUAUAUAUGUGCUAGCCUUCUGUUAACAUGGUCAGAUGAGCUCCUAAAGCUUGAUUUCCAAGAGAUGGUCAUGUUCCUCCAACAUCUUCCAACGCAGAAUUGGACCCACCAUGAGCUGGAAAUGGUUCUAUCAAGAGCAUACAUGUGGCAUGUGAUGUUCAACAACUCUCCUAGUCACCUUGCAAGCUAGGCAAGUUAAUUCUGGUUUCCUAAUUUAUUUUUCUUUUAUCCAUUCUUUUCUCUGCAGUUAAAUUAUUUGCCUUUAUAUUAUUUUCCAACAGUGGAGGAGGAAUGAGUUUUCAUUUGUAAUCUUAUACAUGUAUUUGCUAGGUGACAGAAUCUGUAAAUGUAACAGCAUAUGAAUAUCCAACAUUAUAUGGAGGUACCUUUAAUCAA